AGCAGAAGUAUAUUGCAGAACCACAGUGAUACGGGCAACUGGAUUGGAAAUCAUUGAAGGAAACAUUCGCUUUUUAUUGUCUUUGCCAUUUACCAACUCUUCAUGGCUGUUUGAUCGCAAAGAAAACGUUUCGUUGCAACAUUCAGAUGUUUUCUCUGUGACGCGAAAGCGGAUAUUUUACACUUUCCCGGAGUCUGAGAGAAGACGAGCUGUAGGCGCUCAAAAUGAAGUACAAAAACCUGAUGGCCAAGGCAUUGUACGACAACGUCCCGGAGUCCCCGGAGGAGUUGGCCUUCCGGAAGGGAGACAUCCUAACGAUCAUUGAGCAGAACACGGGCGGCCUUGAGGGAUGGUGGCUCUGCUCGCUGCAUGGGCGCCAGGGCAUCGCCCCCGGCAACCGCCUCAAGCUGCUGAUUGGUCCCAUGUUCGACACCCAGUCCCCGGCCGCCCAAUCGUCACCUACGGGCUCAGCCUACCAGCAGAAGGUGGGCGUGUCUUCGUCCCAGGGGCUGUACCAGGUGCCGCCCUCCCAGAGCCCGGGUCAUCAGGGCAUCUACCAGGUGCCUCCAGGGCAGGAUGUCUACCAGGUCCCUCCACAGAGGAGCGUCCUGGCUGCAGACAACACCCCCAGCAAGGUGGUGACCCCAACACAAGUGGGACAGUCGUACGCCUACAGCCCUGGCCAGCACACCCAACAGGACCUCUAUGACGUUCCUCCCAUGAGACCACAGGGGGUGUAUGACAUUCCUCCUGGGAAAAUUAUGGGAUCGCCUUUUCCUGGACAACAUUGCAAUUCUCCCUCCCAAGGAGGAGUCUAUGAUGUUCCCCAAUCCACUCAGAUGGACCCGCGGACACAAGGGGUUUACGAUAUCCCUCCCUCUACGCAAAGGGUGUACUCUGUGCCUCCCUGCCGGAUCACCCCAGCCCUCCAGGAGGGAAACUACGAUUUCCCCCAACCUCUCAAACAACACAAACAACAGGAGGGCAUCUACGACGUACCCCCACCCACCCUCACCAAACCCUCCCCGUCCCCCCCAUCCAAUUAUGACUUUCCCCCCAGCUCCGAGCCAAUCGGACCCCACCACCUCCAACGCCCUGUCGCCAGCGACAACGAAGGCAUCUACGACGUGCCGCCCCCCGCCCACCAGCUCUCAGGGGCGGGGCCUUGUGGCGAUCUGUAUGAUAUCCCCAGGGGGAUGCAGCAGGACAGGGACAGGGAGAAGGGCCAGGGCGUAUAUGACAUCCCACCUGCUCUGGGGGACAUGACAGACGGGGUGAACCGCCUGUCCUUCUCCAGCACGGGCUCCACACGCAGCUCCAUGUCCACCUCUUCCACCUCCACGGUCUCCAGCGCUGAGGGCCGGCUGGCCCUAGAUGUGGACCAGGCAGUCCAGAGGCUGUACCGCCUGCAUCAGGCCGUGGAGGCCUCUGUGGGGGCCCUGCAGACCCUGACCUCCUCCUCCCACUGGAGGACUUACCCCUUCAUGGAGCGCCACACCAACGAGGUGCGCACCAUGCUGGACAGGGUACGGGCAGCCCUGGCAGACUUUGUGGUAUUUGGCAGGGGUGCUGUGGCCAACGCCACGGCCCUGUCAGACCCCAGCCUACACAGUAAGCUGAGGAGGCAGCUGGGAAGGCUGGAGGACUCCCAGCAGAUCAUCCUGCAGACCUACCAGAGCCUGGAGAACUGCGGCUGGGCCCUCAACGCCCUGGCCACCUCCAGCAGCACCAAGCACCAGAUUAAGAGUGACAACCUGGACCGCUUCGUUAUGGUUUCCAGGACGGUGCCCGACGAUGCCAAACAGCUGGCCUCCUCCGUGGGGGGUAACGCUGAGCUGCUCUUCAGGCGGACGCCAACCAGGAAUGGGUCCUCCUACCCCAGGGGGGGCACGCCAGAGGAAGCCGUCAUCCAUCCUCUCACCUCCCCGUCCUCGGACAGCGACAACUACGUAGGCCAGACCAAGCCCUUUCCUGUGCCCUCCAACCAAGACAAAGGCAACAUGAACAAUAGUGAGAAAUGUGUGAAGAGCUGGAUGGAGGACUAUGACUACGUCCAUCUGCAGGGCAAAGAGGACUUUGAGCGGCAGCAGAAGGAGCUCCUGGAGAAAGAGAACAUCAUUAAGCAAAGCAAGUUACAGCUGGGACAGGAACAGAUUAACCAGUUCAUACAGUUGGAGCAAGAGGUGAUCAAACCAGUGGAGAAUGACAUCACACAGUGGAUCGCCCACCAGCACCCGACAGGCCCCUCCUCCUCCCCCUCAGACUCCUCCUCCUCUCCCUCCCCUUCCCUGGCUGAAGGCGGGGCCCAGCUGUGUGCGCGGGACCGUCAGCUGCUGGGCUUCUAUGCGGAGCAGUGCCAGCAGCACUUUGUCACGUUGCUCAACGCAGUGGACGCUUUCUUCGGCUGCGUGGGCGCCGGCCAGCCACCGCGCAUCUUCGUGGCGCACAGCAAGUUCGUCAUCCUCAGCGCCCACAAACUGGUGUUCAUCGGUGACACCCUGUCCAGGCAGGCAGCCACGCCCGAAGUGGCCAACCGGGUGAUGAACUCCAGCAACGUGCUAUGUGACCUGUUGAAGACAGUGGUGGGAGCUACCAAGACGGCCGCGCUGCACUACCCCAACACAGCCUACGUGCAGGACAUGGUGGACAGAGUCACGAAUCUCUCACACCACGCUCAACAGUUCAAAGAACAGCUGCUGCAGAUGGCUGCUUUGUGAUAGUUUGCGUUGUCAUUUGUCACUUCCUGGUCCCGCCUAUUUCACCACAGCAACCUGUUUAUAUACCUUAUAUACAGUAUCUCUCUCUCUCUCUAUAUAUAUAUAUAUAUAUAAUUGCUUAUUGUUAAUCUUAAAAGUACAUUUUUGGGCUGUUGUAAAUAGUAUCGUUUUCUCUGUUCUGUAAAUAUUAGGCUCUAUUUUUGUGUAGAUUGUUUUAUAUAAUUAAUUAUGAUAUGAAUAUAUAGAUGUGAUAUCUGUGGCUUUUUAGGGUUACUUGGACAUGUUUUCGUAACAUUCCAAUUUCAUAUAUUAUAAAGCAACUUAUGAUGAUGACAUGUCCGUUUUUUUUUCUUUCAUUUUCACCUGUAAAUUGUUGACGCACCCUACUGCUGGAAAUUACAGUAGUACUUUGUGUAAAUGGUUUGAUGUCGUACUUCUUUUAUUGAAAGCGGUAGGGUUCUCAGACAAAGUAAAGGACUGUUCUUACCCAUA